CAACAUUGACAUCUUAACAGUAAGGUGAGGGUACUACCUCUAAUAAUGGUGCUGCAGAUUGUUGUAAAGCUCUGAAUUCUCAAUUUGUGUCUAUAUAAAUAAAUAUGCUGACAUGGUAAAAACAGUGACAUUCAAACCAAUGCAUGACCCUGAAUUCACAGAAACACAGCUUUAUUGUUUGGGGGACCAAAAGUGGACAUAUUCCGUCCUCAGAACAUGAGUACUGAGUGGAAUGGAGGAGCUGAGGAUCGAAUCACCGAAGGUCAUAGUUCUAGUCAUAUAGACCAUUCAAAGCGCUUUACAGCAAAGUCACAUUCACACACGUUCAUACAGCGCUGCUAUUUACUGCGCAUUUUUCUGUCACAUUCAUACACAUUCAAACACUGUCGGAAGAGCAGUCAGAGGCAAGUUAGGGUUAAGUGUUCGGGUUUGUGGACGAUCGACUCUGCCUCCUGAGUCACAGCUGCCCUCGCCUUUAAAUGAAAUAGGCCUGUGUAAUAAGCAUUGAUUUAUACUUGUUUUAUUCUGUCUGCUAGAUUCAGACACUGUAUGCUGAUUUUACAAAUCAUCUUAACGGCAAAUUGGCUUAAAAAUGGCUGAUACCGUUAAUCCUAAAAGUUGUAAGUUUGGUAAGGCACAGACAAAUGGUAUUGUCAUGCUCAUAGCAACGUCUGCGUGUUCUUCUGGGAGCAGGUAUAAACAAUGCAUUUUCUCAUGUCCUUUGUACAACUUGUUGGUAUAAUCAUAUAAUGUACUAUGAAUUCCGUCUGUCCAGCUCUUAAAAGAACUAGUAAAGAACAUCAAGGAGGUGCUAACAUAUACUGUCCCUCUUUGUAGCACUGGGCGCAGUAACUCAGGUGGCAGAUGUGUUGUCCAUUGAUUGAAAGUUAUCUCUUUUUCCCUUGUAGUUCCACAGCCUGUCACCAAGCGCUACAAAGUGCAAUCAUAGUCCCUUCCAUCUGCUGCUCUGAAAGCCAUCUAUGUCAAUUUUUAAUGCAUGGAAUGUAAGAAUGUAAGAUUGCACAUUCAUAAAUGAUUUUCCUUGGAGACAGGGUUGAUCUAUUAUACGCAUCCAUUAGCUGCACAUCUGGAGACCCUGGACAAGUCAACAUGCCUUUAAGUGUGCCAAUAUAUGGAAACAGACAACCAUUCACAUUCUUAUGUGUCACCCCCUGCUUUAAUUAAAAUACAUUUGGCUGCUCAGACCUGUUCUGAGGCAGAUGCGUGAAAUGAGAAGAGGACAGCAGCAGAUUCUGAGAAAUUAAAAUGAAAUAGGCCUGUGUAAUAAGCAUUGCUUUAUACUUAUAUUCUGUCUUCUAGAAUCAGACGCUGAUUCCAGAAGAAUCAGGAGGUAUGUUUGAUAUGUCAAAACAUACCUCCAGUCAAAUGCUGAAACCAAGUGUGCAAGAGAUGACUAACUGCAGGUAACCAUGGCAACUUUACUCGUGCUUCAUAUCACAAGACCCUCCUCUGCAUGGAUGACUAAGACCAAGUUUUUCCAUAUGGUUGAAUAUGACUCUUCCAGGACCAAAUCGAGUGAACCUCCCCUCUGGCACUAACACUGCAGUACCAAACUCUGGGCUGCGAGAUCCAAGACUACACGGCCACAAUCAAGACCAAGGACCUUCAUCCCAUUACCAACACCCGGUCUCUGCACUCCCUGUCUACUACGUCCAAGCUCCCCCUCCACCCCCUUUCCUCCAAUACCAGUGGCCCAUGCCGAUUUCGUAUAACCCCUUUUCUGGCUUCCCAGGCAUGGGCUAUGGUAUGGUCAUGCCCCCAUUCCCUCCUCCCCCCUACAUGGAGGCUCCAGCUUAUAUUCUGCCGCACCCUCACAUCCAACCAGUUGACUACAGACGGUUGCUCCACCCCCAAGUCCAUGCUCCCAGUGCACCUUACCAAAACCUAAACCAGCCCCACAGAAUUCGCCCUCCUCAUAUGGUACCAGUUAGAGAAACUGUAAGCUCUGAGGUCCAAACAGAGCCAACGCGCGGAGGUGUAGGUAGUUCCAGUUCAGAUUCUGGGCAUGGAACAGCCGCAAACUCUCCAUCUUCAAGCACCAGUUCCCAAAAAAGAGGCUCUGCCAACAUUGAGAAUUACACCUUACCUAGUAGUAAUAGAGAAGAUUUCCAGGUUAACAGGACCACGACAUGUUAUACUGUCAAACAGGGCAUUAACAUCCCACAUACUACAGGAAUGAAGACUGUCCAGUCACGUGUCAGAGCAACUCCAGAAACCCAGAAGAGCCGUAAAGAUGGUGUUAGUCAGGACAAUGAUCCCACGUGCAGAAACUCUCACUGCAAUAUGUGGUCAGUGAGUUCUCCAGAUAGAAUAAUUCCCGUGUGUAGCUCUUCUCAACAAGAGGUCGAGGUUGCCAAAGAGAGACGCGUCUCUUCUCCUGACAUUCUGAUGAGUUGGGGAGUUGGCACACCCCAAUCAACAGCGCUGAAAAUGGCAGAUGAUGUACCGCCUCAGGACAAUCACCAGCUGCUGGCUUCCCAAACUGAAUUGGAACAUGAGAAGUCUCUUUACAAGAGCCCAGCUGAGACCCAGAAUCAUCCGGUGGUGGCUGAGGAACCUGUUGCCAAUGAUGAUAUGCAAGAUAUCUUGAGUUCUAAGAACAGCGAAACCAAGAUCCUCAAACUGCCUCUAGCUCUUUAUGAUCUUCUCUCAAAUGCCAGAGGAGAUGAUGAACUCGAGGAAUUGGAUGGUUCUUUUAGGCAUUGCUUACCCUGCAGAGAUGAGCCCCCAGACGAUCAAGAAAAUGGCAAUGAGACAAAUCUACAGGCAGACACUUCAGAAGUAAUUCCCUGUCAAAUGUCUAUGAAUAGCAGCCAGAUAAAUAGAAAAAUGAAUGAGUCUGUUUGGUCUGUGGAGUCUUUAGCCCCCUUUAUCCCAUCUAAGGAGUGGAUGUUGCAGAAUGCUGUGUUUGAGCCUGACGUAAUUGUUGAGAUGAUAGAGGAAGCUGAAAAUUGCAGAUACUCGACCCAAAAUGACCUUAUUGUCAAAGCUGGUAAGAUUAGGCAGAAUUACAGGUUUUCCUCAUCUGACUCUUUUCCAGUGUCAGACAGCUGUCUCAUUUUCAGUACCCCUGCUGAAAAGCCACCAAAGGAGCCAGGAAUGCAGAGUGAAAUGAGUGCAGCGAAGAAAGACCAGAGCAUGACUCCUUCAGAAAAGCUUCUUCUAGCUUCCCCUACUUGCCUGCAGAGUGAAAUAAUUUUACCAUCCCUUACUGCAGAGGAUGUAGAUGAAAAUAGGUCUUCUGAACCAGAGGCUUAUCAAAGCCCAAACCAGGAAUAUCUUAUCGUAAAUGAGCAACGGGAGAGAAGCCCCUGCUCUCAUGAACAGGAGGCAACGCCCCUAUUGAGCUCUGUAGCAGUAGAGGAAACUUCCUCUAGAGAUCAUCCGAUUGGCCAAAACCAAGUUGACAUUGCGGUGGAGGAUGGAACAUAUGGGAGCGAAGGACGAAGUCGGCUGAGAAAUGAGACGUGUUUCCCAGUGGCUGAACAGAAUGCUGAAGUGUCAAAGACACAGUGUCAACAAUGUUCAUCAAAGGGACAUUUAGUGGAUUGUGGUGUCCAGUGUACAGAGUUAAAGGAGCUACAGGAGCUGUGUAUGGGUGACAUGGAACCAAACAGAGGGCAUCCUUCAAAAUAUUCAGAUGUGAAAAAGUCAAAAAAAGGAAAAGAUGAAGGAUUCUCCAUGAACACGCAGAAAAACCAGAGGAGGCAUAAUCAGUGGAGGAACGGCGGUUCAGAAAGGUAUAGCAGCCAGCAAGACGCGGUCAACGGAUACAGUGGCAGACCUGGGAAAUCUAAAGGUGGAAAUGUAAGGAAUCCACGCUACUGAGCAUUGACCAGUCAACAAGACAAUACUUGUUUUUAAGCAUCAAUUAAUAUGAAAAUGUAGUUACUUGUAUUAAAAUGUAAUGCUAUUUCUAAAUAAAUUAAUUUGA